AUGCAGUCCGUGAUGCGAGCGCGAGGCCGCGCUCUGGUCGCCACGCGGCACCCGCGCCCGUCGCGCUCGUCCCCCGCGGUUGUCGUGGCCUCGCGGUCGUGGCUGCAGCCCGCCGGCGUGCAGCGUGUGGCUCUUUGGACGUCGUCUCCGUCCUCUCGCUCGAGUCCUGAGUUCCCAGCUUCCGAGUUCGAGCAGAGCGAGGGCCGCAGUCCUCUGUGGAUGGGCCUUGCGCUAGCAGCGGCGGCCAUGACGUUCGCGGUUAAAGAGGCGGCGGCGGGCGUGAAGGAACCAGCGGAGGAGCCCAAGGAGGACCCUAAAGAGAUCGCCAAGGACAUCCACGACCACAAGGAGGAGGUGAAGGCUGCAGUUAAGAAGAACGAGAUCAAGAAACGCACGCUGAGAAAGAGAAAGACCAGCGUGAGAGACGGCAAGAUGGUGGUGAGCACGGCGGCGGUGCGGGGCGACCGCGCGUACAUGGAAGACACGUCGUAUGUCUCUUCCUGCAAGCGGUUCGCAGCGGUGUACGACGGCCACGGAGGCUCUGCCGUCUCGCAGUAUCUUCGCAACCAGCUCUUCUCGAUGAUUGCACCGGAAUUGGUCCAGUUGGACCAGGAGAUUCUCGCCGAAAACAAGGGCGAGAAGAGCGUGAUGGCCAAGUCCAGUCGACGCCAGAAGGUCGCAACCAUGCUGCAGGAGGCGGUGAGCAAGCUGGACCAGGAGGUGAUUGUCAAGAACGAGUGGAAGUUCCAAGGCUCGACGGCGGUCGGGGUGCUGCUGUUUGACGACGUGCUGUACUCGCUCAAUGUGGGAGACAGUCGAGCGGUGUUGUGUCGGUCAGGAGACGCAGUGGACCUCACGCGGGAUCACAAGCCCAACGACCCUCAGGAACGUGCUAGGAUCGAGUCUCUAGGAGGUCGUGUCCAGUGGUAUGGCUACGUGGACGCUCAAGGCGAACCGAUCGAGCCGUACGGCGCGUACAGAGUGAAUGGCAAUCUGGCGGUGGCGCGGGCUAUCGGAGACCGCGACUCGCGGCCAUUUGUGAUCGGCGAGGCCGAGAUUCGCCAGUACGACCUCGAGUACGACAAGGACGAGUUCAUUGUGAUCGCGUCGGACGGGCUCUGGGACGUGUUCACUAGCAGUGAGGUGGUGGAGUUCGUGCAGGACGUCAUGAGUGGCGAGCUGGGCGGACGCGAGGCCUGGAGAAGCGGCGGCCACAGCGACACUCGCGUGCCCAUUUUCGAGUGGUCGCAGCAGUACACGAGCGACAGGUCCAUGAUCAAGGCCGCGCGGCGGCGACGGAAGGUGCAGAUCGCCAAAUAUCUCGUGCAAGAAGCGCUCUUCCGGGGCACCUCGGACAAUGUGUCCGUCGUGCGCACACUUCAACACAGCGCACUCACUCAACGCACAUACACAGCAAUGAGCAGCCCAACGGCUUCCUCUACUACCAGCUCCAUGGACGAUAGCCCGCGCUUCCAGGUGCAGAGCGACUUUGACGACGAGUUGCAGCUCCAGUUCGCUCCAGCACACGCAGGUGCUGCGCCCGUGUACGUCGCUGGCGAGAUCGCGUCUCCCGUUACGCAGUACCGCGACGCGCCGUUCCAGUUCACCACAGCGCCCAUGGACCGAUUGGAGGAGCUCGACAGCUUCAGCCUCUUCCCUUCCGCCGAUGCCAAGCAGCCGGUGAUGCAGUUUGCAACGUCCAACCCCAAGCAGAAGCAGGUCAUGGCGUCCCCAUUGUCGCCGUCGGCGGCGGCGGAGGUGCCACUGAAGGAAGGAUGGGACUCGUUCUUCGGCUCGGCGUUCCCGAGCUUCCCGUCCUUUGCAGCCCCCGAGAAGAUCAUGACGACGCUGCAGGACGCACUGAAACCUUUUGAGUGCUCCGUGCGUGUCGAGAACUGCUGGACUCUUCGCGUCUCGUGGCUUUGUGUGGCUGAGGAGAUUGCGUUCUCCAUCUCACUCUCGAAGGAACAGGGCUGUGAUGGAGAUAAAUACGAGGUGGCGUUCCGCCGCGAGUUCGGGGACGAAAUGGUGUUUCAUCAGCUGGUUGAGUGUAUCCGCACUCGCUGCAGCGAUGUCGACGCCGAGCCGCUGUUUUUCGCCGAACCGACGUUGGAGCCGUGGCUGGAUGCUGCCCAGGAGUUGAAGGGCCGACGCUACGCCAUUCGCGACACUGAGGCAGCGCAACUUAUCAGGGAGAUGAACGCUGAGCUGGACGCAGACACACUUUACGAGGUGACCAAGAUGGUCAAGAACCACUGCCGGCAUCAAGGCAACCGCCGUCUGUUCCUCGAGACUAACCGAGCUGGCUUUGUCAAGGCUCUCAAGUCGAUGCUCGCCGAUUCGGAGGUUCUCGCGCGUUUCGCAGUAUUCAUCUUGCUGCAGUACGUCAAGGAGUCGUGUGACGAGGGCCUCGAGUUGUUUUCAUCCGCCUUUGAACGCAACUCGGUCGAAUUGUUGCUGUCCGAGCUAGAAUGCCGCGAGAGCGAGAGCGUUUGCGCUCCGUUUACGAUACCGAUGCUUGCGGAGAUUCAGCAGAGUCGGAUAUUCGCGUAAGAGCCGAAGUCCAGCUUCUGUUCACCGGAGAAACGCGAAACAGUGUGAAUUAACCAUCGACCGCUCGGUAGUGCACAAUUGCACUUCGAAUUUUGCUCCAGCUAACUUAUUUCAUAGACUACAUACAGUACAACAAUCACAUCCUGCUUCAUUGUUCACUUCU